GUCUGUGUAUGCUCUCUUUGCCCGUCUCCCACGGAGGGAAAGUGGUAUCGCAAUGCUUUCCAAUCAAUCAAGACGAAUCUUUCUCUCGAGGAGGGAUCUGUCUAGUAAAUCGCCCGUGUCUAUCACUUUGACUAGGAAAAGGGUCCUUUUUUGAAUUAUAGCAGGACUAACUCGUAACGUACCUCCAACCGCUCCAGCUCCGUCCUGCUCGGUGCAUUAUGAUUCAGCAAGUUCCCCACCAUCUCUGCGGCCGCGGGCAAUUAUCGGACAACCAACCAAUCACGCCUCGCUAGCUUCAGGGUUCCACGAUGGAACCUCCAGACUUCACAGCCCGUGGGCCCAAGCAAGAGUGAAGAAGAGAGUCUUCAGCAGUGACUACCAAGUACUCGGCUUGUAGCAACCUCACCGGGCCCGUCCCAGCCCCGUGCAACCCGUCGAGCUCGUCUAACCCGUGUCGCCCGGCCCCCUGUCCCUAGACCACUCUUCGGUCCUAAACGCACGGUGCAAUGUAAUAAUGUCGAUCCCAUCCCCGCAAUUGCGCUUUGUGCAACUACCCACCGAGCCAGCCAGUCCGCUAGGCGUAGCUAAGCUUGGGCGCGACUCCUCACAACCCCGCAUAGGCAUGCGCCCACUCUGGAAUGUUGGCUCGACACCGUGGGAAAUCCCACCGCGUCCCCGCUAUGCACGGAGAUUCAACGGAAAUUUUUACGCCAUCCUACCAAGUCCCCAACAAGAGAGAUACACCCUGGGGCUGACGUUGGUGAUUGUGUUGCGCUACAGUAUCGCGAUCGCCCUCGAGUGGUGCUCGACCCCAUCGCAUACUAUAAGAAGGACCGGUGCCAGACGGAUUGCAGGGACGGAGAAAACGAAGCCGUGAUCGCACCUAAUCAUAGCGUAACGACCCUUCCUCUACGAUCUCCUCGUCGCGGGUUGAAUCGAUCGCGAUGGUUGGUCUAACGCGCCUUUUGGCUGGAACCUGGCUGUUGCCAGCGGUGUAUGGCGCCGCCACGCAGACCUCAAGUUCAGCGUAUGUCCAAACUACCCUCGACUCCAGCGUCGAUGUAGGUGCCAACCUGAUCGCCAACGUUGAUGACCCCGAGGCUGUCAAUGCGCAGUCCGCUUGCCCUGGCUAUCGGGCAUCGAACGUGAAAAGCAAUUCUCGUGGAUGGACAGCGACCUUGAAAUUGGCGGGCAAGCCCUGCAAUGUAUACGGUACCGAUGUGGAAUCACUGGACUUUACUCUCGAGUACCUGUCUUCCACGCGGGUCAACUUCCAAAUCACUCCUUCCCAUGUGGAUGCCUCAAACGCAUCUUGGUACAGCCUCUCCGAGGAUGUAGUACCGCGCCCCAAGGCCGACAAGCAAGGGUCUGCCAAGGACAGUCAUUUCGAGGUCUCGUGGUCCAAUGAGCCUAGUUUCAGCUUCAAGGUCGCCCGCAAGGCUACCGGAGACGUUCUCUUUGAUACUACGGGCUCCAAGCUUGUGUUUGAGAACCAAUUCAUCGAGUUUGUUACUGCUCUGCCCGAGGACUAUAACUUGUAUGGACUCGGCGAGCACAUUCAGCAGUUGCGCUUGCUAAAGAACUCGACAUUCACGAUGUAUGCUGCGGAUACGGGCGAUCCGGUCGAUCAAAACACCUACGGAUCGCACGCUUUCUACCUGGAUACUCGCUACUACGAAGUCAAUGGCAAGGGAUCUCACACUCUUGUGUCCAGUGACCAGGCCUUGACCUCCAAGAACUAUGUCUCGUACUCCCACGGUGUUUUCCUGCGUAAUGCUCAUGGCCAGGAGAUCCUUCUUGGAACCGAGAAGCUCACAUGGCGUACUAUCGGUGGUAGCAUCGAUUUGACCCUCUAUGCGGGCCCAACUCAGACGGAGGUGACCAAGGACUACCAACUUAGCACGGUUGGUCUGCCUGCCAUGCAGCAGUACUUUACCUUUGGCUAUCAUCAGUGCCGCUGGGGAUACCAGAACUGGUCCGAGGUGGAGGAUGUGGUUGCCAAUUUCCAGAAGUUUGAGAUCCCUCUGGAGAACAUCUGGAACGACAUUGACUACAUGCAUGGUUACCGUGACUUUGACAAUGAUGCGAAUCGCUAUUCUUAUGAAGAGGGAGCCGUGUUACUGGAAAAGUUACACAAGAGUGGCAUCCACUACAUCCCUAUUGUUGAUUCUGCUCUUUAUAUUCCGAAUCCCAACAAUGCGUCCGACGCGUAUGACACAUACACUCGUGGUGCCGAAUUAGACGUUUUCCUGAAGAACCCCGACGGAAGCACCUACAUUGGCGCCGUCUGGCCUGGAUACACCGUCUUCGCCGACUGGCACCACCCCAAGGCCGGCGACUUCUGGGCAAAUGAGCUUGUUACCUGGCACGAAAAGGUUGCCUUUGACGGUAUUUGGAUCGAUAUGAACGAAGUCUCUUCCUUCUGUGUCGGAAGCUGUGGUACUGGAAAGCUCAGCCAAAACCCAGUCCAUCCGCCAUUCUCGCUUCCUGGAGAGCCUGGAAACAUCAUCUACGAUUACCCCGAGGGCUUCAAUGUCACAAACUCGACCGAAGCUGCCUCUGCCUCUGCGGCAUCUGCCAGCCAAGCUUCUGCUGCUGCGGCUACCGGACAGUCUGCGACUACCACCACCCCCUAUUUACGCACCACGCCUACUCCCGGCGUUCGUAAUGUGAACCACCCCCCAUACGUGAUCGACCACUCUCAGACUGGCCACGAUCUUGCGGUGCACGCUGUCUCUCCCAACGCAACUCACUCUGAUGGUGUUCAGGAGUACGAUGUCCACAGUCUGUAUGGUCACUCCAUCAUUCGUGCCACCUACGAGGGUCUCCUCAAGGUCUUCCCUGAGAAGCGUCCAUUCAUCAUUGGUCGCUCGACCUUUGCCGGAACUGGUAAAUGGGCUGGUCAUUGGGGCGGUGAUAACAACUCCAAGUGGUCUUACAUGUUCUGGUCUAUCCCUCAGGCUCUCCAGUUCUCGCUGUUUGGUAUUCCCAUGUUCGGUGUUGACACCUGUGGUUUCAAUGGCAACACCGACGAGGAGCUCUGCAACCGCUGGAUGCAGCUGUCGGCCUUCUUCCCCUUCUACCGCAACCACAAUGUGCUCUCUGCCAUCAGCCAGGAGCCUUACCAGUGGGCUUCCGUUGCUGAGGCCUCCAAGGCAGCCAUGAAGAUCCGUUACGCAAUUCUCCCUUACAUGUAUACGUUGUUCCAACAGGCGCACACCACCGGAUCGACGGUCAUGCGCGCACUGGCUUGGGAGUUCCCUAAUGACCCCUCUUUGGCGGCCGUGGACACCCAGUUCCUCCUCGGACCUUCCAUCAUGGUCGUUCCCGUCCUCGCACCUCUGGCGACCACCGUCAAGGGUGUGUUCCCCGGCAUCAAGCAAGGCGAGGUCUGGUAUGACUGGUAUACCCAAACUGCCGUCGAUGCCCAACCCCAUGUCAACACCACUAUCGCCGCUCCUCUGGGCCACAUCCCCGUGUUUGUGCGUGGUGACAGCAUUCUCCCCAUGCAGGAGCCUGCCUUGACCACCCGUGAUGCUCGCAACACCCCCUGGACCCUCCUCGCCGCCCUCGGCGACAAGGGAACUGCCUCGGGUGAACUGUACCUCGAUGAUGGAGAAAGCCUCGAGCCCAACUCUACUCUGACCGUCACAUUCAAGGCUACCAAGUCCAGCCUGAGCGCUGAGCCCCGUGGAAACUGGCAAGAGAAGAAUGCGCUCGGAAAUGUCAACGUCCUAGGCGUCACUCACAAGCCUAAUGGCGUGACUCUCAACGGCAAGACCGUUCCGGCAGCGUCCGUCCACUACAAUGCUACCUCGCACGUCCUGUCGGUCACUGAUUUGCAGGAGUUGACAUCGAAGGGAGCGUUUGCAAGCAGUUGGGUCCUGAAGUGGUAAUGAUUCGUGCGUCAAGGGCAGAAGUGAAGGAGUGUGUCAAUAAUGACCGUAUACAUCACUAGCAGUAUUGAUUAGCUUGCUAUGUCUUGUAUACGAAACCCUAUAAAACCAUGUCAUUUCAUAUCGGGCUAACAGGUUUCGCCCGUUUCCACGUCAAGAGAAGCCAGUCAAUAAAUCCAUCAUUUUGAGUAAGGCUGCUGCCACCCCUAAUUUCCCACGCGAGUCCCCUUGGGUCUUAGAUCUCUGCCUGACGGGCUAAACUUUGCUAGGCCAUCGUGAGUACGGAGUACAAGUUGGAUCCUUCGGAAGUUCUUUUGGGAUAUCUUUCCGGAUAGCCCACAUAAUAUCUCUG